CUUAUGACAACAUUGGCCUGAAGCAUGAAAGAUUCAUUUUAACGAUGUCGUUUUAAUGUCAAUGACAUUUAAAAUGGCCGGAAGGACUACCCUUUACUUUCACCUUUUGUUCUUUCUUCUUUUGUUUUUCAAUUGCCCUUUUUUGGCUCUUCAAUCCAAACUCGAUAUCGGAACACCAAAUGGCAGCCUCAGCGAUGGUGGCGGAACCGAAACCCUCCUCUGAACCGCCGUUUCUCACCACAAGAUCCGACUUUGGCCGGUACCUGGCGGUGGACCUCGCUGGUGCGGAUGAAGACGAUCUGUACGGCAGGCUGAAAUCCCUUCAAAGGCAGUUGGAGUUCAUAGACAUCCAAGAAGAGUACGUGAAGGACGAGCAGAAGAAUCUCAAGAGAGAGCUUUUGAGGGCUCAGGAGGAAGUCAAGCGGAUCCAGUCGGUGCCUUUGGUAAUAGGCCAAUUCAUGGAGAUGGUUGAUCAAAACAAUGGAAUCGUGGGCUCCACCACGGGUUCCAAUUAUUAUGUGAGGAUAUUGAGUACCAUUAACAGAGAGCUGCUAAAGCCGUCGGCUUCGGUGGCUCUUCACCGACACUCCAAUGCUCUGGUCGACGUUUUACCUCCUGAGGCUGAUUCUAGUAUUUCUCUGCUUAGCCAGUCCGAGAAGCCCGAUGUUACUUACAACGAUAUUGGGGGAUGUGACAUUCAAAAGCAGGAAAUUCGUGAGGCAGUAGAGUUACCAUUGACUCAUCAUGAGCUCUACAAACAGAUUGGGAUAGAUCCUCCUCGUGGUGUUUUACUAUAUGGUCCCCCUGGCACUGGAAAAACAAUGCUUGCAAAGGCUGUUGCUAACCAUACAACAGCGGCCUUCAUUAGAGUUGUUGGAUCUGAAUUUGUUCAAAAGUAUUUGGGUGAGGGCCCACGGAUGGUUCGUGAUGUCUUCCGUCUUGCUAAAGAGAAUGCUCCGGCUAUUAUCUUUAUUGAUGAAGUAGAUGCCAUUGCUACUGCUAGGUUUGAUGCUCAAACUGGAGCUGAUAGAGAAGUUCAGCGUAUCCUCAUGGAACUUCUGAAUCAGAUGGAUGGAUUUGAUCAGACUGUGAAUGUUAAGGUCAUUAUGGCAACCAAUCGAGCAGACACUUUGGAUCCUGCACUUCUUCGACCUGGAAGGCUUGACCGAAAGAUUGAGUUUCCUUUGCCUGAUAGAAGGCAGAAGAGGCUUGUUUUCCAGGUCUGCACUGCCAAAAUGAACCUAAGUGAUGAGGUGGACUUGGAGGAUUAUGUUUCUCGACCCGAUAAAAUUAGUGCUGCGGAGAUUGCCGCUAUCUGCCAAGAAGCUGGAAUGCAUGCAGUUCGCAAGAACCGAUACGUCAUACUUCCCAAGGACUUUGAGAAGGGUUACAGAACAAAUGUGAAGAAGUCUGACACUGACUUUGAGUUUUACAAAUGAUGAGAUCUUGAAGCCGGGGAGAAGUUUGCAAAUGCUGGUAUUUGUGGGAUUGUUACAUGCGAACAUUGGUUUGAUAGGGUUCAUGUCACUCUAGUCCUAGUGUCUGUAGACUUGGGAGCACAGCUACGACAUAAACUUGAGAAUUUUCAAUUUGGAAAAAGGGCAAGCUAUUGAUAGGAGUAAUAGAGACUUUGAUGUGAAAAUACGGGAUCCAUAGAUCUUUGGUAUGGAAAUUUGAAGAUUAAGUAAUAUGAGCGAUGUAUAAUCAAUCUUUAAGUUAUGAGAUCAAGGGCGAUGUAUAAAAUUAAUCUUUUUGAGUUAUGAGAUCCUUCUCCUUGAACCGUUGCUUUAGUUA